AUGGCCGAAAAACCGUCGGUCCUCAUCAUCGGUGGUCUCGGCUACAUUGGCCGUUUCCUCGCCCUUCACAUUCACAAGAACAACCUCGCUUCCGAAGUGCGCGUUGUCGACAAGGUCCUGCCCCAGCUUGCCUGGCUAGCGCCCGAGUUUGAGGAAGCGUGCGCGGGAUCCAAGUUCAUGCAGGCGGAUGCGAGCAGAGAGCAGUCUCUCCAACGGAUAUUUGACCGACCCAACGGAAAGCAAUGGGACUAUGUCUUCAACUGCGGCGGUGAGACGCGCUACUCACAGGAGGACGAGGUGUACAAGCUGCGCUCGCUCGAGCUGUCGCUAGCCGUGGGAAGGGAAGCCGCCAAGCGGGGUGUCAAGUGCUUUAUCGAGCUGAGCACGGGAAUGGUCUAUAAGCCGGACUCAUCGCCAAGCAAGGAGCAGGACAAGCUGAAGCCAUGGAGCAAGAUUGCCAUCUUUAAGCUGCAGGCCGAGGAGGAGCUGGCCAAGAUUCCAGGACUCAACCUCGUCAUCGUCCGUCUCUCCCACGUGUACGGCCCGUACGCGUCGCAAUGGGUCGCGACCGCCCUCUGCAUGGCGCGCGUCUACCAAGCCCUCGGGUCCGAGAUGAAGUGGCUGUGGAACAAGCACCUCUGCACCAACACGGUGCACAUCCACGACGUGACGCGCGCCCUCUGGCAGGUGGCCGAAUGGCACUCAGCCGGCAAGGCCAAGUGGGACUCGGCCAAGAUGGGCCCCACGCCGACCUUCAAUGUGGUCGACAAGGGUCACACGACGCAGGGGACCAUGGCGGACCUGAUCGGCGACGUGUUCGGCAUCAAGACGGGCUUCCAGGGCACCAUCAUCUCCCAAUUUGCCAAGAUCCACCUGCACGACGUGGUGGAGGACGUUAACGACGAGUUGCUAGGCCCUUGGGCCGGCCUGCUCGAGGACGCGGGGAUAACGAAGCCCGGGCCACUGACGCCCUUCAUGGAGGAGGAGCUGAUCAAGGAUACAGACUUAAGCAUGGACGGGUCGCGGCUGGAGGAGCUGGUCGGGUUCAAGUAUGAGAAACCCCAGAUCAACAAGGAGCUGUUGCAGGAGGUUAUCGAGAGCUAUAAGCGCAUGAAGUGGUGGCCUUAA